CUCCACCACCCUUUCCGACGUUAUUUCCUGGAACAGACGCCAUGUUACAUUCUGUUCGUUGCCAAAUUAGCUUUUCUACUGUUUUAGUUAAUUUUCUAAACUCCUAACAGUUUUAUUCAGCAGUUACAAACAGCUUUACCUUGGAGUCACACUUAUUUUGUUAGUGAAAUGAAGACCUUUCCGACCUCGGCGGCCUGGUGUUUCUGGAUUCUGUACAUCAGUGUUUCUUUGAAAACGACAGGGUCGUCUGAGGUUGUUGGAUCGGCUGACCCAGUCGUUGCCAUAGCUGGUGAUGACGUCAUUCUGCCAUGUUCCCUGAAACCCAGUGUCAAUGCUGAGGACAUGCUAGUGAAGUGGACAAGAUCGUACCUGAAAACAGAAAACGUCCAUCUUUACCUUGACGGUCGAGACUCCGAUGAAGAGCAGGUUCCAUCCUACAAGGGAAGGACAUCAAUGUUUUAUGACGAACUGAAGAACGGUAACGUCUCCUUAAAGCUGACCAGAGUUACUCUCUCUGAUCCUGGAAGCUACAAGUGCUACAUUCCAAGUCUGACCACCAGCCAGGUGAAGGAAACCACAGUUCAACUCUUUGUUGGUGCUGUAUCUCAGCCAGUGAUCUCUAUUGUUGGAACCAAAGACCUGGGGGUGGUCCUGAAGUGUGAGUCUGGAGGCUGGUAUCCUGAACCUGGGAUGGAGUGGCUGGACAGUGCUGGAACCAUCCUCCCUGCUGAUGGACCUCCAGAGAGACACAGGGACUCAGAGGACCUCUACACUCUGAGACGACAUGUCACCGUGAACAAGACUGACACCAACAGGUUCACCUGUAGAGUUCAACAGCUGGAGAUCAACCACCUGAGGGAGACAGAGAUUACUGUCCCAGAUGAUGUGUUUCCUAAAUCACUGGCAGGGUUGAUUGUUGGUCUAAUAGCAGCAGCUGUUGCAGUUGCAGUUAUUGCAGCUUUAGUUGGUGUCUACAUGCGGAGAAAACAACAUAUUGAAGAGAAGGAGCGUAGAAAAGAAUUUGAAGAACUAGGUAAGUGGGCUGUUUUGUCUUGUGUUAGAGUUUCAUAUAUACAGGAUAUCUGAUGUUUUAAUGGGUUAUUACUAUAAUACUGAUGGGUCAACUGUUUAUCACAGAGCUCAUGGUUUUAAUGGGUUAUUACUAUAAUACUGAUGGGUCAACUGUUUAUCACAGAGCUCAUGGUUUUAAUGGGUUAUUACUAUAAUACUGAUGGGUCAACUGUUUAUCACAGAGCUCAUGGUUUUAAUGGGUUAUUACUAUAAUACUGAUGGGUCAACUGUUUAUCACAGAGCUCAUGGUUUUAAUGGGUUAUUACUAUAAUACUGAUGGGUCAACUGUUUAUCACAGAGCUCAUGGUUUUAAUGGGUUAUUACUAUAAUACUGAUGGGUCAACUGUUUAUCACAGAGCUCAUGGUUUUAAUGGGUUAUUACUAUAAUACUGAUGGGUCAACUGUUUAUCACAGAGCUCAUGGUUUUAAUGGGUUAUUACUAUAAUACUGAUGGGUCAACUGUUUAUCACAGAACACAGAGGUUAUGCUGCAUUUGUGUUCUAAAAGACUGUGUGUGUUUGCGU